CCCCCGCGGCCCGCCACGUCCCGCACGUAGCGCCCAGGCAGCGGCAUAGAGCGGCAGGUUGGCGCCGGGAGCUCCGGCUCCUCCGGCGGGGCUCGGUAUGAGGUUGGCAAGGCUGCUGCGGGGCGGCACGAGCGUCAGGCCGCUCUGCGCCGUCCCCUGUGCCAGCCGUAGCCUGGCCUCGGACUCGGCCUCGGGCUCCCGGCCGGCGCCGGAGAGCGGCGUUCCGGGCCAGGUGGACUUCUAUGCGCGCUUCUCGCCGUCGCCACUCUCCAUGAAGCAGUUCCUGGACUUCGGAUCAGUAAAUGCCUGUGAAAAGACCUCAUUUAUGUUUCUGCGACAAGAGCUGCCUGUUAGAUUGGCAAAUAUAAUGAAAGAAAUAAGCCUCCUUCCCGAUAAUCUUCUCAGGACCCCAUCUGUACAGCUGGUACAAAGUUGGUAUAUCCAAAGCCUUCAGGAGCUGCUUGAUUUUAAAGACAAGAGUGCUGAAGAUGCUAAAACUAUUUAUGAAUUCACAGACACAGUGAUAAGGAUCAGAAACCGGCACAAUGAUGUCAUUCCUACCAUGGCCCAGGGUGUGACUGAAUACAAGGAGAGCUUCGGGGUGGAUCCUGUCACCAGCCAGAAUGUUCAGUACUUUUUGGAUCGGUUCUACAUGAGUCGCAUCUCAAUUAGAAUGCUACUCAACCAGCACUCUUUAUUGUUUGGUGGAAAAGGAAGUCCAUCUCACCGAAAACACAUUGGAAGCAUAAAUCCAAACUGCGAUGUAGUCGAGGUCAUUAAAGAUGGCUAUGAGAACGCUAGGCGGCUUUGUGAUUUGUAUUAUGUUAACUCUCCUGAACUAGAACUUGAAGAACUAAAUGCGAAAUCACCAGGACAGACAAUACAAGUGGUUUAUGUACCAUCCCAUCUCUAUCACAUGGUGUUUGAACUGUUCAAGAAUGCAAUGAGAGCCACCAUGGAGCACCAUGCGGACAAAGGUGUUUAUCCCCCGAUUCAAGUUCACGUCACACUGGGUGAGGAGGAUUUGACUGUGAAGAUGAGUGACCGGGGAGGUGGUGUUCCUCUGAGGAAGAUUGACAGACUCUUCAACUACAUGUACUCAACUGCACCCCGGCCUCGUGUGGAAACGUCCCGUGCGGUGCCCCUGGCUGGGUUUGGUUACGGAUUGCCCAUAUCACGCCUCUAUGCACAGUACUUCCAGGGAGACCUAAAGCUGUAUUCCUUGGAGGGCUACGGGACAGAUGCCGUCAUCUAUAUUAAGGCUCUGUCAACAGAAUCCAUCGAAAGACUCCCUGUGUAUAAUAAAGCUGCCUGGAAGCAUUACAAAACCAAUCACGAGGCUGAUGACUGGUGUGUGCCCAGCAGAGAGCCCAAAGAUAUGACUACAUUCCGAAGCUCUUAAAUGCACGUGGGACGCCUGGCAGAUCCAGAUGUGGUUUUUGCUAAAUUUGGAAGAGAUGUAUUUGGAACCACGUUGUACCAAAUAUGUCAUGUGUGAUUUUUUUCACAAUUAGUGUUUGCCAAAGCUCCUAAAGGAUCGAUUUUACCAACUUUAUUCUGAUAUGUUUGGUUAAUUGGACGUGUUUUUGAACACACAUAAUUCCCUUGGUGUGGUAUGGAGUGUGAAGUCCUUGGUUUCUGUAGGAAGCUGAGUAUUUCUUUCAAGUUUUCAUUUAUGUCUGCUAGAAGCAUCUAAAAACUGUGGAGUAGCUGGUUAGCAGCCUCUCUGCUUUUGGAGUUCUGUCAUCUGUGAGUGGUGACACCUAAUCAGAUAGUCUUCUUAUCUCCCACGAAGCAGAACCCAGUGGUCCAUUAAAACCCACACAAAUCGACAGAGUGCUGAAUUGAUCAUGGCAUCGUUUUAUUGCAGUGAUUGUAAUGACUGGUUCCCCAUGGAGCUAAGUCCAGAGCACGAGUAGUGCGUUCACAAUCAACGCAAGGGAUUUUCUCUAAAAACAAAGUCUCACUGUGUAGCCCCAGCUGGCCUUGAGUUUACAGUGCCCAUGGUGUCCUGAGCAUUGUAAUAAGAAGGGUGUGCCUCCACAUCUGGCUUAUAAGAGAAAUGCUAUUCCCAAACAACCCAAGUGGCAGCAGAGAAUAAACUGGGAGUGAAGCACUCAGUGGCCCAGGCUGAACCGACUGACUUGAGAUUGGAUGGAGAUUUUGACGAAAGUGAGUUUCUCUGGGUCCGACCCAGGCAUCCAGAGGCUGAAGGCCAGGGAUGAGCUAUGUGGUGAUUUAAAGUCUGCAGCAAAUGCUUUGAAGUAUUGAUGUUAUUUGUGUCAAAACACAGAGCUAUGGGAGCUGUGGACACCUGGGCUCUCAGUGACCCAAAGUCACAUAGAAUUGGAACCACAGCCAGAGCUAUCUCUGCUGAUCACCAUCCAGUGUCUGGGAUAUCCUCACCUCUCUGUUAAGUGAUGGAGAAGUACUUGGAAAACCUGCUUUGCCACUUAUCUGGAAGAAUUUGGGGGUUUAGUUUGGAAAAUGUAGUGAGUUAAAACAUGUCACCCUUGACAGGAUUUAUUAAUUACUACUCUGUGUCCCAUAAAUAUAUACAUAUGUAAUACAAAAGCCAAAUCAUGCAACAUGGCACAAAAUAGAAUUUUAGUGCCAAUGACAGAAACAUGUAGGUUGAGCAUGCUCCAGGGUGGUCAGUCCAGGAUCUUUAUGUGUGAGGUGAGGGGCCUGAAACUCAGGUCCUCUUGGCCCAGGGAUUUUUAGCUAAUACUACCAAAUGUUGGAAAAUACACACCUUAUACCUGCUGUUCCUAAUUGAGGACUUUGUAAGAAAUAAUAGGCUAUGUUCAUGAGUGACAUUUAUUCAGUGUGUCGCACUUAUUAGCUUUAAAUCACAUUUUACUGCAAUGAUGAAAUAUUUUGGAAUCUUUUGUACAACUGUCAAUAAAUGUACUAUUUUUACUUGUGAAAUACUUUGCCCUCUCUAAGCAAUUAAAAAAUUGUCCCCCUCUCUGCUUAAGAGCUAGGAAAUGUUUUCAGACAAGUAAAAUUAUUUUACUUUAAUCUCUUUGUAAGGUGUAGCACCUUUUUGCUUUGUUGUUAUGGUAAUGGAUGGGACUGGAUGUGACAGCUCUAGGGGACACUUCUCAGUUGCUUUUAAAGAUACAUAGAAGUUUUUAGAUUCUCAAGGUGAGCCAUUUUGUCUGCCAGCGUUGGUUUUAUGUGGUAUAGGUACAAAAAUAGAUUUAAUGGUUGGGGAAUGGACAGCAAGUGAGUCUUAUAACCGGGGCAGUUAAUGAGUGUGUUAUAGGAAAGGCUUGUAAGAAUAUUCCACACUGUAAUACCAAAUGCUGGCUGGUUUUGAUGCCUUUACACUUAAUAAUGGUCAGUGUCUUCCACUGUGAAGUUUCUACAUGAAGACAUAGAAUCAGAAUUCUACUGUAGUGUAAAACAUUUUCGAGGUGACAGUAAACAGAAAGCAGGGUCAGCAUUUUUAAAAAAUUAAUUUGAGCCACUUAAGGACUUUGGAAAUAUACUCCUGUCUUUUAGACAGCAGUCUGUUUCAUCUUCAAGGCUCAAUAUCUGUAAAGGUUCAAGAAAUUAUAACUAGUUGCCAGCACACUGGCUCAGCAGGUGAAAGCAACGGUUGUCAAGCCUGGGUUAGGGUUAGGGUUGGAGAUCUUUUCUCAACACGUAUGAUGGAAGGAGAGCGAGGACCCGCUACCCCAUAACUUGUCUUUAGAUCUCCACGUGUGCACUGUGCACGUGAGCAUUCCCUACACACACCACGCUACUAAACGUCAGCUGUGCCUUGUACUCUUAACUAUCUCAUGGUGUUUGAGGCAGGUUUCCACUGUGUAUAGUCUAAUGUGAAAGCAGGUAGAGUUUGUGUGGUUUGAGUUACCCUAGAUUUUCCUUUUCUAUAUACUGCCAGUGAUCGACAUGCACUGGAGAACUGGUGGCUAAUUUUGAAAAGCUAUAUAAGUAAAUGAAGUAAUUUUCCACAGUAGAAAUGACAGUAGGGAAGGACUUAACCAGCACUGCCUUCUACUUAACACUGGUGGGAUCUCUACACUUCUUUAGUCAAGACAUUGUAUGUCCUAUUCCUCAUUGAUAGCAUGAGGCCACCGUACCUUCCUUUUACAGUCAGUAAGGUCCAGCCAGCUUGGUGGCACACACCUGUAAGUGGAUCUCUGAACUUGAGCCAGCCUGGUCAGGGUAGGGAGUUUCAGGUAAGCCAAGGCUACAUAUAUGGAUUCUGCUUGCUGUAUUUUUUUUUUUUUUAAAUCAGGUCCAGAGGGGAAAGAGUUGUGUGGUUCUGUGCAACUCUGAGUGGCUAAUUGGGGAGGGACCCCAGCCGGCAAACUUCUUUGAGUUAAUGUCAUCAGUUUUACGAGGAGAUAACAAAGUCGAAAGGAUGGGUGGCCAGGCUUAGGUUUGGUUGUUUUUAUUGAAGGAACUUCUCAUUAUAUCUGAUUAACUUGUGGUCUCAGUACUAUUAAUUUUCUCAUAGUCAAACCCAAGACAUUAAAAAAAAUAGAAUUAACGCUUUCUGAAGGAAAACUGAAUGCAUUCCUAUUUUACACAAUCCUGGCAUUCUUAAAUUACUGUAUCAUUUGUUCUACCUUUGUGUUUGCAAAGAAUUAAACAUUGCUCUGUCCACUUUU